UUCGAGCCCCCCCUUCGCGGAAUUCGAUCUGCCGAUUUGGUCUCGCUCGAUGGGGAAGCUGUAGCAACCAGUAGCUGUGCUCGAUUCGUUGAAAUUCGUUUGGGGUUUGGGUUUUGAUGGCCGAUGCCGCGACGCCGUGGGGAUUCGCUUGUCCUGAUUCAGGGGUUUGGGUUUUGGUGAUUUUUUUCGGUGAAUUUGAAGUUGGGGGAUGGUGAUUCAGUUGGGAAUAGUAUGGGGGAGGGGGGGGGGGUUCGGUGCUUCGGGGGCUUUCUGGAUUCGGAUGCUUGCGAUCCUUGCUUGUUCCCUUCCUUGGCUCUGCUUUUGUUUUGUUUUGUUUUGUUUUUCUCCGCUUGGAUAACUUGGGUUGUUUUGGUUUCUCUACUUCGUUUGUUUUUGCCGCAAUCGUGCCAUGUUCGCCGAAGGGAGCGUGUAAUUUCGAGCUAAAACUCUCAGUUGACACGGAAGAUCGUGGGUUUCUAGUGCGCAGGGGCGAUCUGGGUGUUUAUCUGGUAAAAGGGGGCAACUUUUGCGUAUGCAAAAGAACAUUCACAGAAAAAUGUGAUUGAAGAGUAAUAACUGUCUAAGAAGGCAAGAUCUUUGCUCAAAGGCAGCGCCUUUUCAGUGGAUUUGUAGAGAAUUCUAAUUCACUGAACAAGAGCGCUGGUCAAGAUGCCAGCACUGAGGAUGAAGAGGACGUUUGAUGAUGAUAGUUUUGGGAAUGAGUUCAGCGCCAAGUCCGUGAAAUCCAUGAAAAUUUCGCAUUUUCAUGACAGUAAGUUAGAGCAGUCAGCUGUGUUGAACUCGUCCAGUAAAGAUGCUCAGGAUGAGCCUGAUCCAACAAUUCAGCUUGCUGACCAGGAUUCUGUGGUAAUGGAAGCAGCUGGCUUGCAUAAUUUGCUUGGAGGAACAUCCAUUGCUGUGCUCAAGGUGCCACAGCAUAAUUUGGAUUUAAUAUCUGAAGUGGUGGUGUCACCAACCUCAGAGGCUGAUUGCUUUGCUAAUUAUGAUAGCAGCAAAUCUCUGUUAAAUGUUGUAAAUUAUGUUGACAAAGAGUUUGCAGAUGAAGAUGAAAAUUCUUCAGCACACAACUUUUGUGUUAAUGAUCACGAAGCAAGCUGGGAUUCAAAUCAGGGUUGCAGCCUGCUGGACAUUUACAGUGCAGAUGAUGCUUUCCCUUUCUUAUUUGAUAAUCCAGCUGAUCUUCUGCCUAGUUAUGCUGGACUAAUUGAUGAAUUUGUACCCAUUGAUGCAUUGAUAAACAUGAGUGGCAGAUGUGGAGUAUUCCCACUUAUUGAGAGUGCGGCAGAAGACAGUAUUGGUAAUAAGCCAUCUGAGGUGGAUAUGUGCUUUAGUAACUCUGAGGUGUUAGAGUGGCUCAAUCCACAUCUAUCCGAAGAGGAUUUACCAGCUCUUAUUGAUUUUUCUGAGUUGAAUUCAAGGGCUGCUUCUGUAUCAAAAGAGCAAGGGACCGGGAAGGUCACUCUUGCACUUGAUUUGGACGAAACCCUUGUCCAUUCGACCAUGGAGCACUGUGAUGAUGCUGAUUUUACUUUUCCUGUGUUCUUUGAUAUGAAAGAGCAUAUGGUAUAUGUGAAAAAGAGACCUCAUGUCCACAUGUUCCUUGAAAAGAUGGCUGAGAUGUUUGAGGUAGUGAUAUUCACAGCCAGUCAAAGCGUUUACGCGGAACAGUUGCUUGAUAUGCUGGAUCCAGAGAAAAAACUUUUCACCAAGCGUUUUUUCCGGGAAUCAUGCGUAUUCACAGACAGCAGCUACUCAAAAGAUCUGACUGUUGUUGGAGUUGACCUCGCAAAGGUUGCCAUAAUUGACAAUACUCCACAGGUUUUCCAGUUGCAAGUGAAUAAUGGUAUACCAAUACAGAGUUGGUAUAACGACCCCUCGGAUGAGGCAUUACCUCAGUUGAUCCCUUUCCUUGAGACCCUUGCUGGUGCGGAUGAUGUCCGACCAAUCAUUGCCAAGAAGUUCGGCAACAGAGUAGAUAGUUGCUGAAGUUUUUGAAUAAGUGGUAGAAUUGUCUUGUUUACUCACAUAGUGGAACAAGAACUCACAUGACGUGUUAACAGGACAAGCUGGGACUUGAUUUUCUCUUUACAGCGAGUUGGUUUCAUAGGAUUAAGAAUUUUGGUGCGGGGCUAUUUCUUAGAAUUGUACAUAUCCUCAAUUUUGUUACGUGAUCUUGUACAUAGAAUGCUGUCGGGAAUGAAACCGAAAGUGAACUUCCUUGCAAA